AUGUCUCUUACAGACAGACGCGAGGAAGUGAUAUUGGACAUUCUUGGGUUAGCACACCUCUAUGGAUUUUCAGAAUUAGAAACUUCUAUAUCAGCUUAUCUUAAAGAAAUAUUAAAUAUAAAAAAUGUCUGCCUCAUAUUCGAUGCAGCGCUUCUUUAUCAACUAGAAUUUCUCAUCAGGGUUUGUCAUGAGUACAUGGAUGAACAUGCAUGUGAAGUAAUACAACAUGAGAGUUUUUUGCAAUUGAGUAUCGAUGCUUUGAAUAAGGUUGUUUCAAGAGACUCCUUUUACGCACUAGAAAUUGAUAUUUUUCUUGCUGUCCAUGCUUGGUUAAAAGCAAAUGUUGAGGCCGAUGGCAAAAGUGUUUUAAACAAAGUACGUUUAAGCCUAAUCUCAGUCACGGAUCUUUUAAAUGUCGUUCGGAAUACUGGACUGGUUUCUGCAGAAGCUAUUUUAGAUGCAAUAGCUGCGCGAACACAGACGCGUGAUUCAGAUCUUAAUUAUCGUGGUCGUUUACUUAUCGAUGUAAAUGUCGCCCAUCCUUUAUAUGGUGCUCAAGUUCUACAGGGUGAAAUGCGCAGUUAUCUCUUAGAUGGAGAUACGAAUAAUUACGACAUGGAACAAGGGUAUACUAGACAUACGAUUACUGAUUCGAGAGAACACGGCAUUUUAGUUAAGCUAGGAACUCAGUGUAUUAUAAAUCAUAUUAAGAUGUUACUUUGGGACAAAGAUAUGCGCUCCUAUUCUUACUAUGUAGAAGUAAGUUGCAAGAAUAUGACUAUGUAG